AUGAGCAAACAAGUUAAAAAAUCAGGAAAGAAAACUAAACCCUCGUCGGAAUCAACAACCUACAGAUCAAAAUCUAGGUCAACUUCAAGGUCAACCUCGCGUUCGUCAUCGAGGUCACGCCCCACUUCAAAAGGCUCAAACACAAAGAGGUCAAAAUCGAGGUCGGCCAGCUACAGCAGCAACAGCUUUGAAUCGAGCAGUCACAAUUCAAAAAGUAGGUCAAGAUCAAGGAGUGCAUCCAGUGACAGUGAUAGGGCGCCAACCUACAGAUUGAGAAAUAGGUCACACUCGAAUGAAAAGCCCGCCAAAAGUGGUGAAAACAAGUACAAACGUAGCUCUAGCGAGCAUAGAAAACCGCGGAAUGAAUUAGUCAGAAGUGGGGAGUUGGAAAGUUUGAACGGUGCCGGAAGGUGGCGCAAAAGUGAGCCAAAGUACGAGCCCAGAUACCCCACGUACGGACUGAACCCGAUGAAGUUGGAGGGGGCAAGACGAGACACGACGAAUUACUAUAUACACCGUCGUAAGAUAGCUGAAGUGAAGUCUAGAGUGGACAAUCGACCACCCACCAUCUAUCCACACGUGUACUGCAACAUGAAAAAGUUAAAGAGACAGCAAGAGGAAAGAGCCCUAAUAGAACGCAACAACCAAUUCCUCCUAUCGAAACUCUAUGUGGCGGCCACUACGACUCGCGUCGACAACAAAAGCCAGGGACGCGAGCGUGAAAGGCAGAGAAAUCAGAAGAGGUGGGAAGAGUUAAGGCAGACGAGUAGUCAACACGCAUCCAGACAACAGUCAUCACAUCUGCCUGGAAUUUAAUAUACCACUACUGACACUACUACCAAUGCCGAUACAAUUACUACUACUACUACUACUACUACUACUACUACUACUACUACUACUACUACUACUACUACUACUACUACUACUACUACUACUACUACUACUACUACUACUACUACUACUACUACUACUAGUACUACUACUACUACUAAUACUACUAGUAGUAGUACUAC